GCACUUCCUUUUCCUGUGGCGGCCGCCGGGUCGAGAGUAGCGUGGCGCUCGCCUGCCCCCGCCAUGGCGUGUGCUCGUCCAUUGAUAUCGGUAUACUCUGAAAAGGGGGAGUCAUCUGGUAAAAAUGUCACUUUGCCAGCUGUGUUCAAGGCUCCCAUUCGACCAGACAUUGUGAACUUUGUACACACCAACUUGCGCAAGAACAACAGACAGCCCUAUGCUGUCAGUGAAUUAGCAGGUCAUCAAACCAGUGCUGAGUCUUGGGGUACUGGCAGAGCUGUGGCUCGAAUUCCCAGAGUUCGAGGCGGUGGGACUCACCGUUCUGGCCAAGGUGCUUUUGGAAACAUGUGUCGUGGAGGCCGCAUGUUUGCACCAACCAAAACCUGGCGCCGUUGGCACCGGAGAGUGAACACAACUCAAAAACGGUAUGCCAUCUGCUCUGCCCUUGCUGCCUCGGCCUUACCAGCGCUGGUCAUGUCUAAAGGUCAUCGUAUUGAGGAAGUUCCUGAACUUCCUUUGGUGGUUGAAGAUAAAGUAGAAGGCUACAAGAAGACCAAGGAGGCUGUUCUGCUUCUGAAGAAACUUAAAGCCUGGAAUGAUAUUAAAAAGGUUUAUGCCUCUCAGCGAAUGAGAGCUGGCAAGGGCAAAAUGAGAAACCGCCGUCGCAUCCAGCGUAGGGGCCCCUGCAUCAUCUACAAUGAGGACAACGGCAUCAUUAAGGCCUUCAGGAACAUCCCUGGCAUUACUUUGCUUAAUGUAAGCAAGCUGAACAUCUUGAAGCUUGCUCCUGGUGGGCAUGUGGGCCGUUUCUGCAUCUGGACUGAAAGUGCUUUCCGGAAGUUAGAUGAACUGUACGGCACGUGGCGGAAAGCCGCUUCCCUCAAGAGCAACUACAACCUUCCCAUGCACAAGAUGAUGAAUACAGACCUUAGUAGAAUCUUGAAAAGCCCAGAGAUCCAAAGAGCCCUUCGAGCUCCACGCAAGAAGAUUCACCGCAGAGUCUUGAAGAAGAACCCACUGAAAAAUCUGAGAAUCAUGUUGAAGCUAAACCCAUAUGCAAAGACCAUGCGCCGGAACACCAUUCUUCGCCAUGCCAGGAACCACAAGCUCCGGGUGGAUAAGGCAGCCGCCAAAGCAGACAAGAAGGGGAUUUCAGGCAAGACGCCUGUGGCGGGGAAGACAGGAGAAAAAAAGGCUGUAGUUGGGAAGAAGCAGAAGCCUCUGGUGGGAAAAAAGGCAGCAGCUGCCAAGAAACCAGCUGAAAAGAAGCCGGCAGAAAAGAAACCUACAGAGGAAAAGAAGUCGGCCGCAUAAACUUUAAAUGUUAAUUUCAUAAAGAGCUAUAAUCAUUUUGGACAACUUAUCUUGAAUAAAGACCUGAUAAAAGAGGCAUUAAGAGAAA